CGAGCCGACCGGGCUGAGCGGGGCCGGAGCCGCGGGCAGCCGGCAGCAGCAGCAGGGCCCGCCGUACAGCUGCCCCUGCCUGCGCGGGGGCCGUGCCUGCCGCCCCGCUUCACCUGGUGCCCGCACUGCUCGGGAGGCAGGUGCAGCCCCGAGGAGCCAGUCCCGGGCUUUGCCUGCCCGGCGCCGGCAGCAUCUUUGCCGCCCCGGCCGUGUUUGCCGUCCCUGCCCGCGUGCGAGUGCUUGGGGGUGCAGUGAUCGAUCCCGGCAAGAGUUUUGCAAAGCUCUGAAACACCUUGGGCUGCGCGCAACAACCUGUGUUCUCCGAGGGGCUGGAGAUGGAGUUAGUGUUCGCGACCGCCCGGCGAGGGGAGGUGUCUUCCUCCAGGGACCUUUCCUGACCCGUAGAGCCACUGGCUGCCCGCGGCGGGAGAGGACGCAAAUGGGCAGCACGAGACCGGUGCGGCUGCUGGCGAGCAGGCGGCGGUCCCGGGAAAGGGCGGAGCGCCGGGGGGGGCUUCUCCCGGCGCUGCACUUGCUACAUUAACUCGGCGCGGCGGAGACGGCGACACAACUUUCCGGGUCUGCCCCGGCAGUCGGCGGCCAGAGGCUCCCCGCCGCUCCGCUCUCGCGGCCCCGGAGCCCGCGUUGCGGCUGCUGCUGACCCGGCGCGGCCGGGCAGGCUGUCCCCGGGAGCCGGGCGGGCAUGUCUCCAGCUCCCAGCCCCGCCGGGCGAGGCGGCCGCCGGGUCUGAGAGCGGGGUGAGCCCCGCCGCCUCCCGGCCAUGCGGCCCCUCCGCGCUCCCCUCGCCCUGCUCUGCCAGGUGCUGGGUGCGUGGGCUGCCUGCGCCCUGGCCCCGGACCCCGGCGCAGCGCCCGGGCCGCCGGCGCCCCCGCAGCGCGCCCGCUCGCCGCCGGCCCCGCCGCCCCUCGCCCCGGGCGGGCGGACAGCCGCGCCGCUGCCCGGGCGCGGAGCGCUCCCCCGCGGGGCCGCGGCCGGCGGAGCGGCGGGGCCGGGCGGCAGCUGCGGGGCGGCGGGCGGCGGGCGGCGGCGGGCGCGGAGCAGCGAGCCCGGAGCGGGCGCGGCGGCGGGGCGGGGCGGCCCCCGCUGGCUGCCCCUGAACGGCUCGGCCGGCGGCGACGGCAGCGCCGGGGGCCGCGGCAACGCCACGGGGCGCCGCGCCCGGCUCCGCAACCCCUUCUACCCGCUGACCCCGGAGUCGUACGGCGCCUACGCCGUCAUGUGCCUCUCCGUGGUGAUCUUCGGCAUCGGCAUCAUGGGCAACAUGGCAGUGAUGUGCAUCGUCUGCCACAACUACUACAUGCGGAGCAUCUCCAACUCCCUGCUGGCCAACCUGGCCUUCUGGGACUUCCUCAUCGUCUUCUUCUGCCUGCCGCUGGUUAUCUUCCAGGAGCUCACCAAGAAGUGGCUUCUAGAAGACUUCUCCUGCAAAAUCGUCCCGUACAUCGAGGUGGCCUCCCUGGGCGUCACCACGUUCACGCUGUGCGCCCUGUGCAUCGACCGGUUCCGCGCCGCCACCAACGUGCAGAUGUACUACGAGAUGAUCGAGAACUGCGCCUCCACCACGGCCAAGCUGGCGGUGAUCUGGGUGGGCGCCCUGCUGCUGGCCCUGCCCGAGGUGGUGCUGCGCCAGCUGGCCAGGGACGAGCCGGGGCACGGCGGCGCCGCGGGCGAGCGCUGCGUGGUGAAGAUCUCCACGGCGCUGCCCGACACCAUCUACGUGCUGGCCCUCACCUACGACGGGGCGCGCCUCUGGUGGUACUUCGGCUGCUACUUCUGUUUGCCGACCCUCUUCACCAUCACCUGCUCCCUGGUGACGGCCAGGAAAAUCAGGAGGGCAGAAAAAGCCUGCACCAGGGGGAACAAGCGACAGAUUCAGCUGGAAAGUCAGAUGAAUUGCACAGUGGUGGCUUUGACCAUUUUAUAUGGAUUUUGCAUUAUUCCUGAAAACAUUUGCAACAUCGUGACUGCCUACAUGUCCACAGGGGUCUCUCGACAGACUAUGGACCUCCUCCAUCUCAUUAGUCAGUUCCUUUUGUUCUUCAAGUCGUGUGUGACCCCAGUUCUCCUGUUCUGUCUCUGUAAACCUUUCAGCCGGGCCUUUAUGGAGUGUUGCUGUUGCUGCUGUGAUGAGUGCAUCCAGAAGUCUUCCACGGUGACGAGUGAUGACAAUGACAACGAGUACACCACGGAGCUGGAGCUCUCCCCGUUCAGUACCAUCCGGCGCGAAAUGUCCACGUUUGCUUCCGUGGGGACUCACUGUUAAUUGACCUUAGGACUUUAUUUCCUGAGUCUUUUUCUUUUUUUUUUUUUUUUUUUUUUUUACUUUGUCUUUUUCUUCUUGAAGCAAAAUGCAGGAAAAAAAUCACUGUUAAAAACUACUCUUGAAACCAAUCUGUAUUAACAGUCAUGCUUUGGAAAAUAAUUUGUUUGGUUAUUAAAAGGGAAGAAAGAGAGAAGGAGAGCCAGCACUCAGUUUUAAAUCAUGAGAUUUUGUAUGGUGCUAGGAUUUCAUUGGUUGAGGAGGAGGAUCCAUAUCAAUCCACUUUUUUUUUUAAUUCUGUAGUGUGUUUUUUUUAUAAUCACUGGAAAAUGACUAUAUAGACAUUGUGGGCUUUGCAAGGUGUUUUCAUGUAAAAGAUGUGGUGGAAAGUAUUUCAAGGUAGUUUUAAUCCAAUUAUUGUAUGUUAUUUUGAGAGGACUUGGGCUUCAGAAAAUUUAUAAAGUAGCAUAAAAGUAAAUGAGGUUUUAUUCUUUGAUUGUCAAUCUGCAUUUAACAAAGACACCUAUGAGUAGUAUUAAAUUCCUUUAAUAAGUAAAACAAAAUCUUUGCAUAUUGUAAUUUAGGUGGCCAUAUUUAAUUUACUUACACUUGGAGGAUAUAAUUACAGUGUUUAAGGAAGAUGGUUGUAGUGGUAUUAGAUUUACAGAAAUGGGCUUUUUUAAUGUUACAUUAUUGAAGGAUCAAUGUGCCUCAUUGAAAAUUUUCUUCUUAACCUGCAGGUAUACAAAAUACUGAGUUAUUUUAUACUUCUUACGAAGAAACACUCAUUUUAUGACUGAAUUUUGUCUCAUGUGGUUUCAAAGUCAAGAUUCUUUCCAAUAUGCUAUUGGUUUUACAUUGAGUUUAUGUCCUCCAUCUCUGUAUAUAUAGCUCCUACUGGCUUCAGUGAGAGUCUCAUUGCAGAGAAAGGCAUUUUUUUGCCAGAGAUUUACUGACAAUAAAUGUGAGGGACUGAAACAUGUGGAGAGUGAAUUCCUUUUUUUUAAAAGGUAUAAACACUUGGACACUUGGGGCUUGACCCAGAGCCUGUGGCAGUCAAUGGAGAGGUUUCCAUCAAUUUCAGAGAGCUUUGAAUCAGACUGGCAUCUACUAUUUGUUCUGGGAUAUGUAGGAUGAAUAUUAAUGGCAGGGCUCUGUGUGCUGGUUCAGAAUCAUGCUGCUCUCACAGAGGCUGCUAUUCACUAGCAGCUCACAGCUCUGAAGCUGGUUUUGAGAGCCACCGUGUGUUUUGCUGAUGGCUUCUUGCUGUCCCCAGAGUUGUUAAAAUGAGGAUAUGUCCACACUGCCAGCAACAGUGUGAUAUAGUAAAAUCCAAAGUUCUCUUAAGCAAGCCAGGUUGGAGACUGGAAAGUGCCUAUCCUUACCAGCAGAGCUUAUUUCCCACUCUUGGCUGAAGCAGACAUUCUGUUCUUGGCAGGCAAGCCAGCUCUUAUUUACACUGGGCAGCAGGCUGAAGUGCAGACACAUGCUGAGGAACUGAAUUUUUUAUAGAUAGCUUGUAUUUUAAUACUAAUUAAAUAAAUAAUGCAGCUGUAUUGAGGAAAAUCUUGUGCAUUCCUGCUUUGAAGUUAAGAGUGAAUGUAACAUAGUCUUACCUCCCUCAUGAUCCCUGCCUCUAUAUAUGUUAAGGAACGUGCUGUAACUUCUGGAAAGGACUCUGUUGUUUGUAGAUUCCAGACUUAAUGCAUCUAAUCUUGGUAUCUGCUUGGGCAAGCAGUAUUUCUUCUUUUUCUUUACCAUUUUAACCUAUAAUAAUUUCAACUGAAAAAAAAUCCAGUUGAAAUUAAUUAAUGUGAGUAUGAAUCCAAACAUAUAUGCACAUGAGUUCUUCUUCUGACUUUUGAAUCGGAUAUUGGGCCCUAGCAAGGCAGUCUGCUUUAACCACAGACAUGUGUUUCUGCUUAGAACUUGAGAAAUUACCUAAGGCUUCUAGGUCUUGUUUAACAUGCUCAGUCAGUUCUGAGGAUGGGAACUGUCCCUUCCUUAUAAAGCCAUUCAUUGACUUGGCUUUGCUUGAUUACAUUCAAUACAGUAUUAUAGGGAUUAAAGAGAAAAGAUGAAAACAAAAUCUUUUUCACUUUGGUGCCUGUCCUCAAAUACAUAUUCCCAUCUCUGCAUUUUGAUUUUUACUAUUCUUUUUUAUGUGCCAAUAUUUAUAAAGAAUGGGAACCAAACUCUCUUUUUGUUCCUUGCUGAGAGAAUUGUUUCCCUUGGCUGCCUUUUCUGUUACAACAGGGGCUUAAGGGUCUUGGAAAACAACAGCAGAAUGGGAGAAAGCCCUUUAAAAGAAACAAAAAGAUAGAGAAUUUAUUUGGAAAUAUUAAAUUUUGCUAUUUUAGGUGCAAGAUUGCACCAGGACAUGAAAUGUCCCCAUUGCUUUGGAUAUAAGGUGCUUCCAGCUUUCCACUCAGCAUGGGUAUGUGUCAGCUCUGCUAAGGACUGUUCCUAGCUCACAGGUUACAUGUUCUGUGUCCCAGAGAACUGCAGUUGGCUUCUGCAUUUAAACAUUUCCACAACAUGUGUAGGGUAAUCCUGGAGAAAUAACCAACCAACCAAGCCAAACAACAACAAAAAAAAAAACCAACAAAACCAGACCAAACCAACAAAAACCCCAACAGCAACCACAAACCCAUAUCCAGCAAAAAACCCAACCCCCACACAAAAAGAUGUAAGAAGUCAUUGGAGAGGAUAGGACCUGAAGAUCAGUAAUGUUGUGGUUGUAAAUACAUUUUCCUACUUGGGUGGCAGAGCAUUUUCCAGCAUUGUAUUCAAUGGGGCUUCUUUGUACCCUGUGUAACCUUGCCUUUUCUGCUGCUGAAAGAGCAUUUUUCACAGCUAUUUCUCUGCCUUGCCAUGGAUAACUGUACCAAUUUGAUGUGCAAGACACCCCUUUUAUUCUAAUUUGUUCUCUAAAUUGGUUAAACUAAUACCACAUUAGCAAUUUGUAUUG